UAAAACUCUAUAAAACCACCAGUCUCACUUCUACUUCCCUCAAUCACACCUCUCUCUCUCUCCUCAAUUCAAGAAAAAAGAAAAAAGAAAAGCCAAGGGAUGGCGUCAGAUUCCGGCGACCGGAGAUUCGUCCGGCCACCUCAGGUCCCGGUGUCGGACCGCGAGAAUCUGGUGUGCCCGCGCUGCGAGUCCACCAACACCAAGUUCUGCUACUACAACAACUACAACCUCUCCCAGCCCCGCCACUUCUGCAAGGCCUGCCGCCGCUACUGGACCCGUGGUGGGACCCUCCGCAACAUCCCCGUCGGUGGUGGGACCCGCACAAAGGGCCACCCCAACAAGCGCUGCCGCACUUCCGACGCAACUCCAUCCUCAUCUUCCCUCUCCGUAACGCCCGACACGAUCCCCGUUCCGCUCCCUGACUACGAUAUUUCGGGCCAGCUGCCAACCGAUAUCGAUUUCAAGGGGAGUUUCACUUCCCUGCUCGCCACGUCAGCAUCGCCUGGGUUUGUCGGUCUGGAUGAUCCUGUUCUCAAUCGGGUCGGGCACGGCAUGGAGGAUAUGGGCUUCGGGCUCGGGCGGGGAGUUUGGCCGAUGGCUGAGGUGGCAGAAGGUGGAGGCGACACGUGGCAGCUUGGGAGUGGCGAGGGACUCGAAGGGGAUUGCUUUGCUUGGCCGGACCUUGCGAUCUCAACGCCCGGGAGAGCCUUCCAGUGAGGUUUUCUUCCGUUUUUUUUUUUUUUCCCCGGGUAGUGGCAUUGUCGUGCAUAUUGCCGGUUUUGAGGGUCUUAUUAGGGGAAGGUCGGUGUCUUUUGAGGGCCGAGAGUUCGAAUUUUCCGAAAUAAUGCCCUUGAUGUCUUCCGAGGGGAAAUUACCAAAUUGCGCUCUUUUUUUUUUUCUUUAGAAAGUGAUAUAGGCGAUAAUUGUGGGGUCCACGUUGUACGCAGAGGAAAUCCAAUCCGUCCAAUAGAUGAAUCCUAUGAUGAAUAUCAGACGAAUAAAAAUUCCGGUAGAUCCAACCAAAAGGUGAGCUACACUAUAGAAAUAAUAUACGCUGCCCACAAACAUACAAAUUUACUUUAAGCCCAUCUGAUGAUUCGAUCGAUUAGGAUUUUUAGUUGGAGAGACCAUCAUGGUGGGUUACGUACGUUGGACGGGUCGGAAAUCAUAAACAUACCGUGUCGGCCCUACAAUUCUCAACUUUCUCACUGUUCAAAGUAAAAAAGUAUACAGGUGUAAUUUAGUAACUUUAUUGCCAAGAAUCACUGCCUCGAUUCUUGGUCUCUAGCGUUUGUCACCAUCAACUGGGCCCCACAUGCUAGAUGGUCCAUAAUUUGAACUUUCCAUCAUCUUGUAAGCACGCGUCAUUGAUGAUCCUACCCUUUGAUUUUUAGAGUUGAAUGUGAGCCAAUGUUCUUUUGAUACU